GCUGAGCAGAUUAGGCAUCCCAGAGGGGCGGGAGAAGGAAGGAGUAGGAAGCUCUAGAAACCUGCAGGGCGGCUGAGCAUGUUAGGCAUCCCAGAGGAGGAAGCUCUGCUCUUCUCCUCUGCUUCACUUCCAGUGUUCGUACAGGGACGGGUGCAGGAAUAACCGGAGGGGAAUUCAGACCUUCAGGCUAAAAUGAGUCUAGGUUUUGUGGUUUGUUUGAUAGAAUCACAGAAUUGUUUGGGUUGGAAGAGACCUUAAAGAUCAUCUCGUUCCAUGGGCAGGGACACCUUCCAGUGAACCAGGUUGCUCAGAGCUCUAUCCAGCCUGGCUUUGAAUGCUUCCAGGGAUGGGACAGCCACAGCUUCUCUGGGCAACCUGUGCCAGGGCCUCCCCACCCUCCCAGGGAAGAGUGUUUUCCUAAACAACAAAGAAUUUCCUCCUAAAGAAAUUUACAACCUCUCUCAAACCAGGAAGAAGCAGUGCUGUCCCGUUCCCCUCCCUGUGUGAUGUCAGGCAGAGCUCCUUACCCAGCACGAAGGACACAGGGAUUAGCUCAGCAUAACUGUUGCAGUACAGCGCCAGCUUCUCGAACAUCAGCCUUUGGCUCUCGCUCAGGAUCAGCCUAAAAGGCACAAACAGAAGCAGCAGCCUCAGAGAAGAGUCUGGGCCUUGUCUGGGGAGCUGGGAGAAGGUGCCCAGGCGGGCGUCGGCCACGCGGUUGGUGUAAGUCACGGUCAUCACAGCUCCUGGGGCACACACAGCGGGAGGAGCUGGAGCUGGAACAGAGGGAGGAGACAAGCAAGAUGAAAGGCAAGAGGAGAAAGACAGCGAGAAACAGCUGGGAUCCAAAGCCAGAUAUGUUUCUGUAAAAUGACAAGCAUCUUCCUGGAACGCUGCUGGCAAAAAAAAAUGCAACCCAAAGGAGAGCAAAAACCCCAGAAAGUCGAGAUUUCUUAGGACUGAUCCAGGUGAAGGCACCCAACAAGAAUUGCUGUCUUUAAAUUUGGGUUGAGGGCUGUAUCUGGACUUUGCUGGUCCCAGUCCUGCAGGCAGAACAGCCCUCCCUGUUAGAGAUCUGCGGGAUGGAGUUUGGCCAGGCUCACAGAGCCCGAAUUCCAGCAGCUCCACCUCCCCUCUCCUUCCACCAUAUGUUGCACAAUAAAUCACACUGGAUGAAAAAAGGCAUUCAGGCUCCUGAAAUGCUUCCCAGUCAUGCAGCAUCCUCGUUGCAAUUCUAGUCUAGCAUGGAUAAAUAUUUCUUUAUCAUCAAUUAAUAAUCAGACCCACUUUCAUAUAAAUCUGAAUUUGUAAAAAACCCCAAAACAAACAAACAAACAAAAAACACCAAGAAAAAAACCACCAACCCCAAAACACUGGUGUAAUCCAUGCCAGGCAGAUUGGUGAAUGAUCACUUGGUUUAUCAAUAAUUAUCCAGUGUGAAACUACUGGUAUUUCUAAAUCUUAACAUGUCACCAGGGUGUUACUUAGGCAUUGCUAUUUAACAGAGGUAACAACGUUAGGAACUAUGGGGCCUUGGGCUCUCCCCUGAACGAUGGAGACAAAGAAGCACUUCAAGGGACAAUUCACACCUUGCAGCACCUGAAGGCAGAUAAGUUUGUGCCCCUGUUCCUUAUUUAAACACCUCAGUUAAAAAUCUGCACCUGGGUGGGGACAAGUGUAGUUCCAGUGAACUGCUGCUGUGAAGAAAAACAGCAAAGUCUGGGCUUCUUGGCUACUUCAGCCAAACAAUAUCUUUUUCCUGGCUUUGGCUUUUUGGUGCUGCUCCUCCUUUGGGUUUCCCUGCGGUAACUCAGGUCCCUGAGUCCCCUCUCGUGGGUUAUGUGGAGGAGCAGAGCUGGUCCCUGUCCCCAGCUGCACAAAUGCACAUUUCCCUAAAUCCUCGUGCACAUCUGUGCCAUUCCCAUAUGGAUUUCUGUGCACAGGACUUGGAAGAGUGGGCUCUAACUGCCCCAGGGACUACACACAUGGGCUGUAUGGAAAAGAAACGUAUGCCCAUAAACCCAUAAAUUUUGGGGGGCUGCUUACACAAAGCUGUCUGUUUUCUCUAUGCUUUGGGUCUUGAGAGAGCCCAGGGAGAGUUUUUGUUGCGUAAUUCAGAUACACAGUCACUUUUUACCAAAGAAGGAAAACUUCAGCUCUUGUCCGUGUAAAUAAUGGAUGUCACCCACCUCUGUGCAGCUCUGCUCCCGCAUGGGAUAUGUUUUUUCUCCCCAGUGCUUUUCCCUCCGGCCCAGAAUGGUUAAGGCACUUCCCUGCCCACCUGCUGGCCUCAGUGGGACUGCCCAGGGAUGUCACUGGGCAGCUGGCAUGCUCCAAGUACCAUUUGGGGUUGAGGUGGGAGGUGACUCACUGACACACCGGGGUCGCUAUGGGGAGGAAGAGCCAUCCCCUGCAUGGCACUGCUGCCUGCAUCCACCUGCCUCAUCCCUCCGGACCAGCCAUUGCACCUGGAGCUCCACUGCCACUAACCAGAGCGUGGGAACCCACGGCAACCGGGAUCCUGCAGCGUCAGGUGCAUCACCCACCACGUGAGACGGCAAAGAGACACGAGCAGGAACCCCAGGAGGUUAUGCAGGGCUGGAAUUUUCCACAAAGGCUGCAAAAUGUGUCGUGCCCGGGGGGCUGCACAGCCCUCUCUUCCCUGGGGAAGCUCCUUAGUCUUCCAUCAUUUACCCAGCUGUGGGAUGCUGUGGAGAGGGAGCACAGGUCUGAUCCAUGCAGCCUGCAUCUGGUUUUCCCCUUUCCUUCUGGGAAGAAGAGGGGAGCACGUGCCACUCUCCCCCUGUGCAAAGUUAACUUCUGCAAGUGGCUGGGAUUCAGCAUCUCCAGCACAUCCCCUCUUAAUGCUUCCUGCCUGCACGAUCAGUUCUCAUCCUUCCUGCCUUUGUCGACUCCUAGAAUCAGUUCUACCCUUCUAAUCUGAGGACCCUCUGGCCCUACCAGCCAAGCCUUGGCAGUUAAUAAUUACAAAGACUAAUUACUUGUGGCGCUGCCUUGGAAAGCUGAAGAUCUUUCCCCUCCUCCCAGAAGCUCCCUGAAGAUAACAAAGGUUACAGCCAGCGACACAAACAGACACAAAUGUACCGAACGCUCCGUUCCCAGACUCCAGAGCAUGAGGUUGGCCUGUGCUGUCACCGUGGAUCCCGGCCAUGAGGCAGGGCAGGGCUGCAAAUGACAGGGACACCCAGGAGAUGCUGGGACAGAGAAGCGCUCCCUGGGUGGUAUCCACAGCAGCAUUCUGUGAUGGAUACAAGGACCACCACGUCCGGCUCGCCAGCCUUUGGCCUGGGGUCUGGCAGUGAGGCAGAGGAUGGGCAAGCGGAGAGCGAGGCAGGAGCGUGUGGAGGCUCGGAGGGGAUAUGGCUGCCUGGAGGGAAGCCCUGGGCAAUGGCAAGCCAGGUCAGUUUUGAGGAAGAGAGCCAGAAGCAACCUGUUGUGGGGCACUGGAAGCCACUGAUGCCAUCCAAAGGCAGCAAGGAGGAGCUGGAGCCGGGGUGCCAGGAUGCUGGAGGUGUGGGUGAGGCCCCGUGCCCCGAGCAGCUCGAUGUGUCGCGCCUGCGCAGCUCCUCGGUGGAGAUCCGAGAGAAGGGCUCUGAGUUCCUGAGGGAUGAGCUGCACAAAGCACAGAAGGAGCUGAAACUAAAGGACAAAGAAUGUGAGAGAUUGUCAAAAGUCAGGGAACAACUGGAGCAGGAGCUGGAGGAGUUAACAGCUAGCCUGUUUGAGGAAGCCCACAAGAUGGUGAGAGAAGCCAACACUAAACAGGCUGCAGCAGAGAAACAGCUGAGGGAAGCCCGGGGCAAGAUCGACAUGCUGCAGGCGGAGGUGACGGCCCUGAAGACGCUGGUGAUCACAUCCACGCCUUCCUCCCCCAACCGGGAGCUGCACCCUCAGCUCCAGAGCCCUUCCAAGGCCGGCUUCAGGAAGGGCCACGGGCGAAACAAAAGCACCAGCAGUGCCGUGGUGUCAGCUGCCAGCCAGAACGUGGCUCCAGAGCCGGUCAGCCGGGAGUGCAGAGAGUCUGGGUUCCCUGCUCUCCUCUCCUUGCUCCUUUGCAUCCUCCCUGGGAAGGCCAUCCACAUCACCUAUGAGCCGGGCUGGCAGGCCUUGGGAGCAGAUGCUUCCUCCUCCUCCUCCUCCUCACGGCAGGUCGACUCCACCUUAUUUGCCGAGUUCCAGGCCUGGAAGGAAUCUCCGACUUUGGACAAGUCCUGCUCCUUCCUGGAUAGGAUUUACCGAGAAGACGUGGGGCCCUGUCUGGACUUCACUAGGCAGGAGCUGUCGGAGCUGGUGCGAGCGGCUGUGGAGCAGAACACCCUCACCAUCGAGCCAGUGGCUUCCCAGACGCUCCCUGUGGUGAAGGUGGCAGCAGAAGAGUGUGGUGGGCCCAAUGGGUUCCGGCCACAAAUUGUAACGAAAUGUGCUCUCAGUGGCCUCCCCAGGACCUGCAAGCACCGGAUCAUGCUGGGAGAUUCUGGGAAUUACUACUACAUUUCACCUUCCUGCAGGGCCAGGAUCACAGCAGUCUGCAACUUCUUCACAUACAUCCGCUAUAUCCAGCAGGGCUUGGUGAGGCAGGAUGUGGAGCUGAUGUACUGGGAGGUCAUGCGGCUCCGGAGGGAGAUGUCCCUGGCCAAGCUCGGAUUUUAUCCCAGUGAGAUGUGAGCAGAGGCCUGAGCGUGGAAGGGAACUGCUCCAGUACGAAGGGCUUUGUGAGUGCAGUGCCUGCCCUGCAAUGGGCCUUUCUCCCUCCCCACCCUCUCUCUGCCUGAAGCUGACCAAGAAGCACAACUUCCACCUUCAGCUGUCCAGCCUCUCCAACUGUGACUGGAAUGCAGCUUCCACGCUGUCCCCUCGGAGCUGGGCUGGCCCUGGCUGCUCUGGGGUGGCCAGCUAUAGACUCUGGAGUCUCCUAUAUGCAGUGUAUAUCCAUUUUUUUAAACUUUUGUUUUUAUAUGCAGUCUUCUUUGGCAUUUUCUGAGGAGGGCAGGAGUUCUGGACCUUCCCUGUAAGCCAGUCUGAGGACAGAUGCUGGCUGUCUGUCCCUGUGCCCUGCUCAUUUUUUGGGGGUACUCUGAGGUCCUGCUGACCAUGGCAGCCCAGAAAAUGCCAGCAGAGCACAAUAACCUUAGGGAGAGCCAUGAACAGUUUGUUUCCAAGUACUUCCUUGUUCCUUUUAAAGGAGCCUGCAAGAGAAGCUUUCUGCCAGCGGAGUCACAAAGAAGGAUUUGUUCCUCUUUUCAGCUUGCUGUUUGACUCUGGGUUAUGCAGGCUGGGGGAAUGGCUGGAGCUGUGCACCUGGGGCCUCCAGCAGAAGAAAGGGAGCAGGAAAAUUCCCUGACUCCCAGCUGGCUGCAGUCGGUGCAGGAUGUUUUCUCCUGGACUAGGAAAUCUGCUGCAGUUGUCACCGGCAGACCUUGCCACGGCCCCUGUGACACUCCUUGGUGUGGGAGUCCCCCAUGGUGCUCUCAAACACAAACCUCAUCCACAAACAUGCCCUGGAGCUGUUCCUGAUCCCGGGGGAGCUUUGAGCAGUCCUGUUUGCAUGGUUUAGGUAGAAUCCAUUUACCCAGCUUGGGUUCUUCUCAUCCCAGAAGGAGCGUGCCCAGGCUGGGCAGUCCUGAAGCCCAGAGGUUUCCUCCCUGGUGUUACAUUAGACCUAGAGCUGCCCAUUCCAGUGGGAAUCCCAGCUUGUCCUGGGCUGCCAUCCCCAGAGAGGGAAUUGAGACACCGUUGUGUGCACAUGAGGGGUGUGGCUGGGGUUCCUGUAUCCCCCAAAAUGUGCUGGGAGGGAGAGAUGUCACUAAAGCUGUUGGGACACACAGGUCUGCCACAGACCCGGGUUUGGUAAGGCUGUGACAGUGAUUUGUAGCCAAUUUAACCUUUUUUUCAGUGUCUGUGGAGCAGCCACCACCCACCCUGGGGUUUCCAUCUCUGACUGACACAUCACCCUGCCCAGCACCGGGUCACCAUCCUCAGCUCCAGAGCUUUCAUCCUCUCCCGAGGGAUGCUACAGCAAGAGCUCAGUUUUCUUCCACUAAAGACACAAACUGAGCUGCUGUGGUUUUGCCCAGAGGAGGGGGAAAUGGGCAGGGAAGGCAAAAGCUUUGGUUUCCCCAGCUGCAGAUUUCAGCUCAGGUAAAUUCCAUCCCUGGAAUUUCUCCUUUCAUCUGCUCCCCCUGACCUUCUGAUCUCUCCAUGUCUUCCUGUGCCCUUGGCUGCUCCAUUGCACACAUUGCAGCGCUGGGAAUGAGGUGAUCUCUCGAGGUAGGAGGUGGUUUGUGGGAUUUUUUUUCUUCCCCUCGGUGUCACAUUGUAAAGCACUUUUUUGAGACGAAAGGAAUUGGAGAAAUGCCACCUGUGAAGUUGUCUUACAUUUCAAGUGAAGCAGAGAGAACAAUUUGUAAAGGAAGAUGAAGUCACUCCGUUAACGGCAGGAUGGUUGCACCCUGCUCUUGAAUAAUGGAAAAUAAACAUUUGCUAUUAACCUCUAAAA